UGGUUUUUCGAGACAGGGUUUCUCUGUGUAGCUUUGCGCCUUUCCUGGAACUCACUUGGUAGCCCAGGCUGGCCUCGAACUCACAGAGAUCCGCCUGGCUUUUUUGUGAGUAUGAAAGUAACACAGAAUGCUGUGGGAGUCACAGAAUAACUCACCGGAGCAGGUUCUCUGCUGAGAAUUGAACUCAGGUCGGCAGGGCAGUCUUGGUGGCAAGUUCCUUAUUCACUGAGUGAUCUCACAACUCCCCAAAUUCUUUCUCAGUAUUAUUAAUUUUCUACAAUAGUAUACAAAAUAUUACAUUUCAUUAAUACAUCUGUAGUGGGUAGCCAUUCCAGCUUUGGUCUGGAAGUUCCAACCCCCAUUGAGGAUUCGGUAACUACCACGCUUACAAGGCGGGGCCAAGGGUGGGCCCUGAAGCCCGGAGAUCAGAAUGCGCCCCACGGGGGCCCUCUUCCUUCUUGGACCAGGGACGCUAGAGGUGGACCGAGGAGAGUUCUCCGGAGAACACCGCCAGACUGCGCUGCGUCUUUCACAGAACCCGCAACCUACCUAUCCCUUCAUUUGUAAGUUACGCCAUAAAUAAAUCUUCCUUUUAACUACGUGGAGUGGCCUUAAUAAUUUCACCAAUAUACAUCUUCACACAUAUCAUUAUUAUCACUGAACCAAAUUCUUACAGCGCGUCAGCUACUUCUCUGUUUCUAUGACCAAAAGCAAUUUAGAGAGGAAACUUAUUUUUGACUGAUGGUUCCAGAGGGUCAAAGUCCAUAAUGGUGGUAAGGCAUGACAACGGGUAGGAAGCUGGAUAGUCACAUUUUGACUGUGUACAGGCAGCAGAGAGCAGAUUGGAAGCAGGACAAGGUUUCUUCCAUCUUUAAUAGUUUUUAAAUCUCUCUCUCUCCCUCUCUCUCUCUCUCUCUCUCUCUCUCUCUCUCUCUCUCUCUCUCUCUCUCUCUCUCUCCUCCCUCUCGGUUGCACAACCUGGUCUCAAACUCAUGGACUCAAGUGACCCUCCCAUCUCUGCCUCCCAAGUCUCCUGAGACUAUAGGUGCAUGCCACCGUGCCUGGCUGGUUCUUGACCUCUUUGGGUCAAGUAAUCCUUUGAAAAUCUGUUGAAAGCUGGUGACUCAUUCAUCCCUCAUGGGGGGGAAACCACACAUGCUUGCAACAUAUUGACUAGGGGAUUUACACUAGAGUUCUCCUAAGAGAAAUUUUAUUUCCGGGAAUUUAUAAAAUUGUCAUGGUCUGUGUUUCCCAAGUGAGUGGCUGAACUUGGUGUCCAGAGCGUCCAUACUUUUGAGCCUCUUCUGCAUUUGCUUCAGAAUACUAACCAGGCACGAAUGAUCUGAAGUUCCAAACCCUUCUGACCUUAUUUUAACCAUGCAUUAGUUUCAGCCAGAUUCCCAGUGGAAUACAAAACAGGAUAGAUCGGAAUCCCCCACUCUUCCUUGUCUUGAUUCUUGCUUGUCCCAGUGGAUCCCCUCCUGAUUAUCUAGUUGGAGAAGAACAAAUCAAAGAGUCAAAGAGGCAGGUGAGAACCGGGCCGCCUACACACCCGAGUUUGUGCAUUAGACACAUGCACAAAAGUGAAAAGAAUUGGCGUCUAAAAUCAGUGAGUAGACUAUAGUCUCUUCAGCACACCCACUGUUAUUUACUUAGUGUACGUUAGCCUGGACCAGGCUGUGGAUUCUAACAGCCUAGGACCCAGGUUCCCCCAGCAUGGAAGCUCUGGCCUGUCCCUGACUUCACAGCCCUAGUAGUCGUGGUAUGAAUGAAGAUCUGGUGGCCCCUGUGAAACAAGCGUUAAGAGUCACAGCCCGUUGGGUUUGGGAAAGGGAAAGAACGCAGGAGAGGUAGGAUUUUUUUUUUUUUCCUGGUUAAGAUUCAUGGGGAAAAAUUGCUCUCUCUGCGUCCUUCCGUUCGACCAAGGUGUCUGUUGCUCCAUAAAUAAUGCGUCCUACUGCUUUGGUGAGCACUAUAAAGGCAGCAGGAAGACUGUUCCCAGGGCAUUCCGGGCAGGCAGAGAGCACAGGAGCCCAAACAGGUGAGUUCAUCGCAGAAGAUGCAGUCGACUACACCCCGCCCUGUUGUAACUCUCUAGGGAUGGGACUGGUCAGGCGCCGGCGGGCAAGGCAGGAGAGGCAUCAGAAAAGGCGAGACAAAAGGAAACUAGGGAUAGGACCGGGAAAGUCGCUGUUUCUUUUCCCAAGCGGGACCGCACUGCUGCAGCCCAGAGUGUGUGUGGAGCUGCCUCUCCUACCGAGUGCAGGGAAAGGGAGUACGGGACCCUUUCCCUGUCUCACGGACCCGGGUCCGGUCCAGGGGAGAUUUCAGAACGCGGACAGCGCCCUGACUGCCCAGGGAGGGACCCAGUCCAACACCCCAAGUCCCCAAAGUGAGGCUCACUCCCUGGACAUUCCCGGGUAUCUAGUGUGGGAGACACUGGAGUCCUCAGUUGCUGUCCUUCAGGUGGCCGUAGGGGCGGUUUGUCGCCAGCGUCAAGGACUGCAGGAUCGGACCGGCUCUCUAGCGCGGCUCCAACAGUGUCACCCGCGGCUGCUCCCAGGUGCCAGCUGCGGACUGCUUGCCCGGUGCUUCCGAGUGUCUUUUCUCAUCGCCUCCCCUCCCGACCCGUGGUCCUCGGGUUCGCAGGCCAUGACAGCGCCGAGCAGCAGGUCGGAGCCGCAGCAGCUCGCCGAGUACAGCUGCAGCUACGUGGUGUCGCGGCCAGUGUACAGCGAGCUCGCCUUCCAGCAUCAGCGCGAGCGGCGCCUGCAGGAGCGCAGGACGCUGCGGGACAGCCUUGUGCGGAGCUGCAGUUGCUCAAGAAAGAGAGUCUUUGGUAUACUGAAGACUCUCCUGCCCAUAUUGGACUGGCUCCCCAAAUACAGAGUCAAGGAAUGGUUGCUGAGUGACAUCAUCUCUGGAGUUAGCACUGGGCUAGUGGGUACCCUGCAAGGGAUGGCUUAUGCUCUGCUGGCUGCAGUUCCUGUUGAAUAUGGUCUCUACUCUGCCUUUUUUCCUAUCCUGACAUAUUUUGUCUUUGGGACAUCAAGACACAUCUCAGUUGGACCUUUCCCCGUGGUCAGUUUAAUGGUGGGAUCUGUUGUUCUGAGCAUGGCUCCAGAUGACCACUUUCUUGUGCCCAGUGGUAAUGGAAGUGCAUCAAACAUGACCAUGUUAGAUACCGGAACCAGAGAUGCGGCCAGAGUACUAAUUGCAAGCACCCUCACUCUUCUAGUAGGAAUCAUACAGCUGAUAUUUGGAGGUCUGCAGAUUGGAUUCAUAGUGAGGUACUUGGCAGACCCUUUGGUUGGCGGAUUCACAACAGCUGCUGCCUUCCAAGUGCUGGUCUCACAGCUAAAGAUCGUGCUCAAUGUUUCAACCAAAAACUACAAUGGCAUCCUCUCCAUUAUCUAUACACUCAUUGAGAUUUUUCAAAAUAUCAGUGACACCAACAUUGCAGAUUUCAUUGCUGGGUUACUCACCAUCAUCAUCUGUAUGGCUGUUAAGGAAUUAAAUGAUCGAUUUAAGCACAAAAUUCCAGUCCCUAUUCCUAUAGAAGUGAUCGUGACAAUAAUUGCCACUGCCAUUUCCUACGGGGCCAACUUGGAAAAAAAUUACAAUGCUGGCAUUGUUAAGUCCAUCCCAAGUGGGUUCUUGCCUCCUGCACUUCCGUCUGUGGGCCUGUUUUCUGACAUGCUGGCUGCAUCCUUUUCAAUUGCUGUGGUGGCUUAUGCUAUUGCUGUGUCUGUAGGAAAAGUCUAUGCCACCAAGCAUGAUUAUCUCAUCGAUGGAAACCAGGAAUUCAUUGCCUUUGGGAUAAGCAACGUCUUCUCUGGAUUCUUCUCCUGUUUUGUGGCAACCACUGCUCUGUCUCGAACUGCUGUCCAGGAGAGCACUGGGGGAAAGACACAGGUUGCUGGCAUCAUCUCAGCUGGGAUUGUAAUGAUUGCCAUUGUUGCCCUAGGGAAGCUUCUGGAACCCUUGCAGAAGUCAGUCCUGGCAGCUGUCGUCAUUGCCAAUCUGAAAGGGAUGUUCAUGCAGGUGUGUGAUGUUCCUUGUCUGUGGAAGCAGAAUAAGACUGAUGCCGUUAUCUGGGUGUUUACAUGCAUAAUGUCCAUCAUUCUGGGGCUGGACUUGGGUUUGCUAGCUGGCCUUUUAUUUGGACUACUGACUGUGGUCCUGAGAGUUCAGUUCCCAUCAUGGACUGGCCUUGGAAGUGUACCCAGCACAGACAUCUAUAAAAGUAUCACACAUUAUAAAAAUCUUGAAGAGCCUGAAGGAGUGAAGAUUCUGAGAUUUUCUAGUCCUAUUUUUUAUGGCAAUGUUGAUGGUUUUAAAAAAUGUGUCAAGUCCACAGUUGGAUUUGAUGCCAUUAGAGUUUAUAAUAAAAGGCUGAAAGCACUGAGGAGAAUACAGAAACUCAUCAAAAAAGGACAAUUAAGGGCAACAAAGAACGGGAUCAUAAGUGAUGUUGGUUCAUCAAAUAAUGCUUUUGAACCUGAUGAAGAUGUUGAAGAGCCAGAGGAACUUGAUAUUCCAACCAAAGAAAUUGAGAUUCAAGUGGACUGGAACUCUGAACUCCCGGUUAAAGUGAAUGUCCCAAAAGUGCCAAUCCACAGCCUGGUGCUGGAUUGUGGAGCCGUGUCCUUCCUGGAUGUGGUAGGAGUGAGGUCAUUGCGAAUGAUUGUCAAAGAAUUUCAGAGAAUUGAUGUGAAUGUGUACUUUGCUUUGCUUCAAGACGAUGUGCUAGAGAAGAUGGAGCAGUGUGGGUUCUUUGAUGACAACAUUAGAAAGGACAGAUUCUUUCUGACGGUUCAUGAUGCUAUACUCUAUCUGAAGAACCAGGUUAAAUCCAGGGAGGGCCAGGAUUCUCUUCUAGAGACGAUCACCCUCAUUCAAGACUGUAAAGAUCCUCUUGAACUGAUGGAAACAGAGAAGAAUGAGGAAGAACUUGAUGUUCAGGAUGAGGCCAUGCGUAGACUUGCUUCCUGAGAGUGGGUUCAGGGGUCACUGUCAGCAAGGACUCCUAGACAGACAUGGCCAUCAGGUCAUUCUCUGCAAGUGUUCUCUGCACUGAUUAUUUCAUCGUACUUAAACAGCCAUCCUUUUACUGCUAUGUUAGAAAUAUUUACAUUUUUAGCUGGGCCGUGGUGGCGCACGCCUUUAAGCCCAGCACUUGGGAGGCAGGGGCAGGUGGAUCUCAGUGAGUUCAAGGCCAGCCUGGUCUACAAAGUGAGUUCCAGGACAGCCAGGGCUGUUACAUAAAGAAAACCUGUCUUGAAAAACAAAACAAAAAAAGAAAAUUUACAUUUUUAAACUUCUUAGGUAUUACACAAGAAACACUUGUCAUUUCUAUGUCUUAAUGUAGAAAAUAAGCAGCUUAGCUCUAAAAUAUACAAAACCAUGAGAAUUAUCCCUGAAAAUCAGCAAUGUCCAGUGACUGUGCUCAGUGCUGCUAACACCAAACAGGUUUGCUGUCUGUGCCCACAGGGUAGGCUCUAUCCCUGUUAAGUUGCAGUAAGUGUUGACAUACAAACUUUAUGAGCAAGUGAGUCAGGAAGGACUAAUCAAAAAGGAAGAUGAUUCCCUGAUUGACCCUGAAAUCCAUGGGUUGUGUUGAUCGCAGUGAGAAAGGUAAAACAGAAUUACUAAUGCAUUCAUUAAAGAGCUUAAAAAAAUAAAACCAAUCUCUGAAACAUAAUUUUGUUUAGAUUUAUUUUGUGUAUGAGUGUCUUGUUCAUAUGUGUACCAUGUAUGUGCCUGGUGCCCAAGAGGUUAGAAGAGUAUCAGAUAGCCUGGGUGUGGAGUUAUAGAUGGUUGUGAGCUGCUGCAUAGGUCCUGGGAACUGAAUCCAGGUUCUCUGCAAGAGCAACAAGUGCUCUUAACCACUGAGCCAUCUCUCUAUUCCCUAUAAUCUCUAUUUUUAAAAUGCAGCUUUAGCUUAUCUUUUUGUGUAUAAGUGCUCCUUGUAUAAGGGCAGAUAAGCUCUCUUCUACUUACGGUCUGACAUGAGAGCCAGGCAUGGUGGUGCACAUCUACCAUCCUAGGCCUUGCGAGGCUGGGGCAAGAGGAGCAAGAGCUCAUGGUCUAUUGCGCUGCAUAGUGAGACCACAUUUUAAAAAAUCUAACAUGAAGACAAUUUUGACCAAACCCUUUUUUUUAUAGAAGACCAUGGUGAUGAGGACAAGUUUUUCUCUAACUAUUCAAUAGUGCUCAGAGGAAACAGUCAUGGAAUUCUAACCACUUUAAAAACAAUCUAAGGCAGAGCGGUGGUGGCACACACCUUUAGUCCUAGCACUUGGCAGGCAGAUCUCUCUAAGUUUGAGGCCAGCCUGGUCUUCAGAGCAAAUUCCAGGACAGGCUCCAAAGCUACACAGAGAAACCCUGUCUCGAAAAAACAAAAACAAAACAAAACAAAACAACCCCCCCAAAAAAACCAGAAAACUAAAAAGUAAAUUAUCUAUAGUAGUCUAUAUUUAAAGUGAGCUUUUAAAUACAAAGUAUUCUAAAUGGAGUCAAUACAAAAAUAAAAAUAGUUUUGAAUAUACCCAUCGGAAAUGUGCAUUAAAAAUACACAUUUUAAGCCGGAAUAUUUCCUACUUUUUAAAUUUUUUUACUUGAUAUUUUCUGAGUACCAACAAUUUCUAGGUAUCCAUGUAAUAUAUAGUCUUUGGUCUCCUGCACUAACUACAUAGUUCAUACUGGAGUAAAACUGCACUUCAUUUCUAGAGAAAAACAAGUAUGUAGCCUCAACUGAGAUGCUCUGCUUGAGAACCAUAGGGUGCUCUGGCUCAGAUGUGUGCAAUUCCUAAAUGUCCUUGGUAUUUUAAAGGCAUAAUGUUCUAUUCUAUUCCUGGUUUCUUCUUAAAUACAGUUAGAAGCCAUGUGUUGACUUCUGAAGGAAGAUGAUAGCUGCCUCAUGAAGGCAGCUGACCGUGCAUUCUGGUUGUAGCUAACCAGGACAUACCAGAAUCAUACUGCUGUCUCAUCCUCAUUGUGGCACUUGCCUAUAAUGGAACAAUAGUAUCUCUAAAGACUAUGUAAUAAUAGUCUUGCAGAAAAUGGAUGAAUACUUCUGUUUAAAAGAGUAAAAUACUGCUUUUUUUCUUUAAAGGAAAUACCAAAGUUCCAUGUUAUAAUAAAGCUAGUCUUAUAAAAUCUUGGGUCUACGGUGACUAUAAAAGAUUAUGUCACAGCACACUCUGGGAAUACUGUUUUCUUUCAUGCAUUUUAUGAAUAACAAGCAUACUGUAUAGUGUGUUUAAUUUGAAAUUAAAGUUGUCCUUUGUUAUAUUCCUAACCUAUAAGAUGAUUCCACUAGUGUAUAUGAAAUUCAAUAGCAAAUGAAAAACAAAACCAAUACAUGUAAAUCUGGAAAUGUAUUAUUUAAUAAAUGUAAAGUUAUCUUUUGUUUUGGAUUUGGUGUUUUCAUCCCCAAGACAGCUUUAUCCUGGCUAGUCUCAAGCUUGUGACACUCCAACCUCAGCUUCCUCAGUGCUGAGCUCAACAGGUGUGUGUUACCAAAUCUGGCCCCAAGUUACCUUUUAUACUACUUAGUUUUGUCCUCUCUGAGAAGAGCUAUUAAACAUAUUUUAAAUCCGACAUUCCAAGUUUGCCACUGCUCAUCAUUAUUUUGAUGUUCUCUUUAUCCCACUUAUAUGUGUAAGCAUGUGAUUUCAUGUGAUAGUUGGUGUGGUAAACAUCAUUGUGGUCAACAAUGUCCCACAAGUUCUCCCUCCUCUCACCCAAAUAUAUAAUAUAUUAGUGUUCAUCAAUCUAAGCAAAAUUUUCAACCCAGUACUAUAUGUGUGUGUACACACAUGUAUACAUACACAUAGACACACUGUAUAAAGAAUUUUCACAAAACAAGUGCAUUCCUGUUAGUCAUACCUAUAUUAACACACAAGCAUACCCCGCUCCCGGAAAACUUUCACUCCUAGCCAUUGACACUAGAAUGACAGCUGUCUUAAUUUCUAAAACCUGUUUUGUAGUUGUUUUGAGACCUGGGUUAUGUAGCCAUGGCUGUCCUUGAACUUGUAAUUCUCCCAUCUCACUCUCUUGAGUGCUGGGAUUAUGGAUAUGUAACACCAUACCUGCUACAACCUGUUUUAUUUGAACUGCAAUAAAUAUAAUUAUUAUUUCAUUUUUUCUUUAUUUGUGUAUUUGUCUUAUUUCAUUGUUAGAAUUAUGAGGAUUCGUCUGUCUCUGCAUCAGCAGCCAUUUACUGGUUCUCCUGUUAUGUAAUGUUCUACUGUUUAAGUAUUUAGCUAUUCAACUGGUUUUGAUUAUUUGUACUGUUUGUAGUUUUGGUUUUUAUGAAUAGUGCUGUGCUAUGGGCAUUCCUGUGAGGUAUCUGUCCAUGUUUCAGAAAUAUUGAGAUACUGUAUUGGAGACUUAGGUCUCCAAGAUGACAGUCAAUAAAAUUAAAGUUAUUCUGCA